CAGCCUAUCUUCAACAAUAGUUAAACGCUUGGAUAGAAUGAUAUGUAUGGUUACAGAAUACAAUUCAUAGAAAGCAGUUAUUUCAUAGUAAGAUAAUUCUUCUUACUAACCUGCAACCUUCAGCACGACGGACGCCAUGUUUGUAUCCCGGAACCAAGUAGCAGCGGAGCAGUAGUUUCUCGGGGAGCCUGUUUACCUGUGACACAGACCGUCUCACACACACACAUGUGGGGAAACCAUGGCUAAAAGAGAUGUGUUUAGCGUGCUGGAAGAGUGUGUAACGACAAUUAACACCAACACAACACAGCUGGAAAAUUUCUUAAGCCUUCAAGAUGGAGUGGCAGCAGACUUCACCUCUCUCACUAAGACCUUGUAUGACCUUCACAAAGCCCAGGAGCCUGCAGAUUUUAAAGGCAGCCCUCUGGCUCAGCUGGUGGUGGAAAACUUUGAUGAAGAGCAGAUCUGGCAGGAGCUGGAGCUGCAGAACGGUGCUGUACUGAAACACUUUCAAAAUGCCACUGAUGAAGCUUUGUCCGAUAAGGUAUUAACGUUGCUUGAAGAGGAGGAGGAGGAAGAGAGUAUUGGUGAGGGAGAAGCAGAAACUGAUGAUGCAAAUAUUGAUGAGGAAGAAGAAGAAGAAGAAGAAGAAGAACCACCAAAACAGUCCAAGAAAACAGCCAAGGCAGAGGAUUACUCAGAGGAGGACUCUGAUUUAGACUUUGACGUAGAUGCUCUGGAGAAGAGAGAAAAGCAGAAGAAGGACAUUGGAAAGAAAGGCUCCAAAACGAAGGUGGUUCCCUCUGAGGUUGAUGACAAGUUCUUCAAGCUGUCAGAGAUGGAGUCGUUUCUUGACGAUAUGGACAAGCAAGAGGGAAAGGACGAUGAAAAGGAAGAUGGCGUCAACUAUUUUCAGGACCUGCCAUCCGAUGAGGAUGAGGAUCUCGACUUAGAAGAAAUACUUUCUUCCAAAAUGCAAAAGAAGAACACUUCUAAAAGCUCCAGGAACCUCAAAUACAAAGACUUCUUUGAUGCCGUGAAUAGUAAACCAGCUCAUGCAGGCGAGCAGUCAGAUGGUGAUGAUGACAGCAUGGGCGAUGGCCAAGAAGAAGGUGAAGAUGACGAGGAAGAUGACUAUGAUGGCGAAAAGGAGGAGGGUGACGAUGAAGACGAAGAGACGAGUCACUCCAAAGCAUCUGGUAAGAAAGUGACCUUUCACCUCUCUGGGGACGAGGACAGUGAAGGAGAGGACUUAGAGGACAUUUUUGGAGGAAAAUCAACAAGUUCAGCAAAAUCUGAGUCGAAGUCAUCGUAUGAGAGACGGCAAGAAAAGAUGUCAGAAAAGAUUGACGAGUUGGAGAAAGCAGCUCUAACUACGAAGCCGUGGCAGCUCUCUGGAGAGGUGACGGCACAGACUCGUCCAGAGAACAGCAUGUUGGAGGAAGACGUGGAGUUUGAGCAGACUUCCAGGAUGGCCCCUGCUGUCACGGAGGAAACCACACUACAGCUUGAAGACAUCAUCAAACAGAGAAUUAAAGAUCAGGCUUUUGAUGACGUGGUCCGCAAGGAGAAACCCAAAGAGGAGGUGUUUGAGUACAAGAAGAGGUUAACACUGGACCACGAGAAGAGCAAGCAGAGUCUUGCUGAAAUCUACGAGCAAGAGUACCUCAAACAGUCUCAGCAAAAGACAGAAGAAGAGGAGAACCCAUCACAUCUAGAAAUUCAAAAGCUUAUGGACACACUCUUCCUAAAGCUGGAUGCUCUUUCUAACUUCCACUUCACUCCCAAACCGCCUGUUGCUGAGGUCAAAGUGGUGUCCAACCUGCCGUCUAUCACAAUGGAGGAAGUCGCUCCAGUCAGCGCUAGCGAUGCUACACUGCUGGCACCAGAAGAAAUCAAGGAGAAGAACAAAGCGGGAGAUAUUCUAGGAGAAACUGAGAGGACGACGACAGACAAGAAGCGCGCGAGACGCAACAAGAAGACCGUGAAGCGUCUGAAGAUAAAGGAGAAAGAAAAGAGACAGAGGCUGAAAGAGGCCAGCAAAACAGGGGAGACUAAAAAGCCAUCAAAGGCUGAAGUCACAGAAAGCCUGAAGAAACUCACUAAAGGAGGCAAAGCCAUGAUACUGAAGGAUGAAGGGAAGGACAAAGCUCUGCGGUCCUCUCAGGCCUUCUUCUCUGAGCUGCAGGACCAGGUCAAGAGUCAGAUCAAAACUGCAAAGGACCCUUCUUUGAAAAAGAAGAAAAAAGAGUUUUCUGUCAGCAAACUGAAGUUGUAAAAACUGUGACGGCUCGUUGUGGAAGAUCAACUUUUUAUUGUACAGAUUCUUUUUAUAAGAGAGCUGCUCUUUGUGAAAUCUGAAAGUCCCAGUGAAAUAUUUCAAGUUUGAUUCAAAUCAAUUCUGUCAAGAUGUUUUUUUGCAAUAAGUGUAACUUUUUCACAUGUUAUAAUGCAUUUAUUCAAGUAAGAUAUCAGAGCUUUCCAGGCUAUAAAUAAACAAUGCUGUUUAGCUGCCUAUCUAA